CAGCGUCCUCCAUGUGGGGGUACAGAUGCCCAGUCUUCUUGAUCCUGGAAAACAUUACAGUGGAUGUCUAAGAACGCAUCCCGUUCUUAUAGUGCGCUCCAGCGGAGUCCUUUUAGUUACUUUGGAUGAGAACCCACACAAGACCUGAGGGGGCGAGUGAGAGGAGGAGGAACAGGAGGAGGCGCAUUCAUCCACCGGGAAAAGUGGAGGUGAGCUGUCACAUGAGCGGAUUCCCCCCUUCCUCAUAUCCUCUUCCUCAUCCUUUCUUCAUCCCGGAAGGUUCGUUCUGUGGUGCGAGGACAUCAACCAACCCUCUCAACCCCUCACCCGCUUCCUCUCUUCCCUUCUCCUCCCUCGCAGUGGAGAAGAAAGCAAGAGAAGUGACUCAAGCUUUAUAAGGCUUUGAGUACUGCAAGGAGGUAUUGUAUUUUUUUUUUUUUUGUAUAUUUGAUUUUUUUUUCACUCCAGUGGAUGAACCGUAAUUUCUGGACGGUGGAAGAAAAGUACGAAUAAGACUGACUUAAAUAAAUGGAACUUGCGCUGUGUCGCGUCCAAACAUGUCCUUUUGGAGUGAACUGAGGGACAUCACCGCCCAUCUUUGCGUAAAAAACGACUUUUGUGCCGACAUGCACAUAUUCUCUGCAGCGAUCGUCUAUUUUAUUCGUUGACUGACUUUUGGACAUUUAUUUUCGUCUUUUGAAGAACUUGGACUUGUGUGGAAUAUAACAGAGAAGUGGCGGCUACUCAUUCAACUCAUCGAUCCAUUAAUUGGCAGUGUAUGCCUUCGCUGACUCCAGCUAUUGACUGGUUAGCUGUGAGCAAGUAGGGAUGCACUGAUGAACAUUGCUGAAGUUAUUUAUUGUAACAAUUCCAUGCAUCCGCACUGCUUGUGGUAAUUAAGUGUAAUCAUUGUGUACAAACCACUCGUUUUGUGCAUUUUGGAAUGCGUAAAAGUGAAGCGCGGACAGAGAAGUACUAACCUGGCUCCGUAAUCAAAAAGGAAGGUUGUUUUUUUUCCUUCAGUUUACAUAUUUUGAACAUUUCUGAGUGUUGCUUUUGGCAAAGGAGGAGAGGACGCGACCUCCUGGAGGGAAAACUUGCCUGCAGUCGGUGAUGAGAGGAGAAAGGUUGGAUUAUUUGAACACUGUAAGAUAUUUACCGGGUCAAGGUUCUAUCACUGGCAUCUCUUUGGAUACUGGACUAGUAGCUCUCAGAGAGCAGGUGCCAGUGGAGAGAAGAGCAAUGAAGACUUCACUCUUUCUCCUCCUCAUCCUUGCCUUCCUUGCCUCAGGAGCCAGUGAUGACGUCAAGUACAUCUCCAAGAGGAACUCUGUUGAUGGGUGUAUCGACUGGUCAGUGGAUCUAAAGGAGUACCAUGUUCUGGCUGGUGAGCCAGCGAGAGUGAAAUGUGCCUUGUUCUACAGCUACAUCCGCACCAACUACACAAUGGCCACCAACGCCAAACUACGUCUCAUCUGGUACAAGAACAAAGGAGAUGCUGAGGAGCCCAUCAUCUUCUCAGGCCACAGGCUGAGUAAAGAAGAUGACUCAAUCUGGUUCCGGUCUGCGGAAAUGGAAGACAAUGGUUUCUACACCUGUGUAUUAAGGAACUCAACAUACUGUAUGAAGGUCUCUAUGUCCAUGACUGUGGAGGAGAGCGAUGAAGGGAAGUGCUUCAGCAGCAACAUCCGCUAUCUGGAGAAAGCAGAGAUUACUCAUAGCAAAAUGAUCACAUGUCGUGAUAUAGAUGACUAUUUGGCUCCAUAUAAACAACCUCUGAUGACCUGGUACAAGGAGUGUGAACGUGUAGAAUGGAGAAGCUCUAUCAUAGUCAACAAUACACACAUCUGGAUCCCUGAAGUGGAGGAGGAGGAUGGAGGAAAUUACACCUGUGAGUUACAGUACGGAUCCAGACUGGUACGGAGGACAACACAACUCAAAGUCACAGCUCUCCAGACCACCCAGCCACCCAAGGUCCUUUUCCCCCCUGAGAGACAAGACACUGUGAUAGAGAUCACACCUGGUAUGCCUCUCAGUUUGGACUGCAAGGCAUUUUUUGGCUACAGUGGAGAAAACAGGAGACCUAUCAUCUACUGGAUGAAAGGAGAGAAGUUUGUUGAAGAACUUGCAGGACACAUUAAAGAAAGUGAAGUCAGGAUCAUAAGGGAGCAUUUAGGAGAAAAGGAGGUACAGCUAUCCUUGACAUUUGAUGCUAUCGAGGAGUCCGACCUGGCCAAUUACACCUGUUACGUGGAGAACCACAUAGGGCGGCGUCGUGGGAGUGCAAUCCUGCAGAAGAAAGAUAUGUAUCGCCUGGAGUUGGCUGGAGGUCUGGGGGUCAUAUUGCUGCUGCUGGGAGUUCUAACUGCGCUCUAUAAGUGUUACAACCUAGAAAUCAUGCUGUGCUACAGGAGACAUUUUGGCAGUGAUGAAACUGAAGAUGAUAAUAAAGAGUAUGAUGCCUAUCUUUCUUAUACCAAAGUGGAUCUGGAUUCAUUGGGCAGAGCGAGCAGCGAUGAGGAGACGUUUGCUUUGGAAAUCUUGCCUGACGUGUUGGAGAAACAUUAUGGAUACAAGCUGUUUAUACCAGACAGAGAUCUCAUUCCUAGCAGUACAUACAUUGAAGACCUGGCUCGGAGUGUGUUGCAAAGCAGACGUUUGAUCAUUGUUUUGACGCCAGAGUUUGUGGCCAAAAGAGGCUGGAGCAUCUUUCAGAUAGAAACACGCCUCCACUCCAUGCUGGUUACUGGGGAAAUCAAGGUAAUCAUGAUAGAAUGUGCAGAUCUAAAGAGUGUGAUCAACUAUCAAGAGGUGGAAGCACUUAAGCAUACAAUCAAGGUUUUAUCCAUCAUUAAAUGGAGGGGUCCAAAGAGCAAUGAGCUGUCCUCUAAGUUUUGGAAACAGGUGGUCUAUGAGAUGCCAGCUAAGCGAAGAGAGACUUUGUCCAGACGUCAGGUGAUGGACUCAGGUGAGCAGGGCCUCUUUGGAGACCUGCAGACCACCGUCUCCACCAUUGCCAUGACAACGACUUCAGCAUCCCUGGUGCCUCCGAGUGAGAAUCGGCACGGACAUCAUCAGGUUUCCUUGGCAACAGAGAUCCCUGACUACAACCAGAUGACCUUGCCUCUCGGAGGGGGUCACAUGGCUACAGCAGCCCAAAUGAGGCAUUUCUGCCGCAGCUAUGAGUUUCAUCUUCCCCCACAGCCGUCUGCCUUGUCGCCUCCCCUUCCACCUCCUCCACCCACCAUGCAGUUCUCCACUCUGGGCCCUGGGGGGCGCCAUGUCUAUUGCAACAUCCCUAUGACCCUUCUGAAUGGACAGGGGUUCAGGGAAGUUGACUGGGGAAGAAGAGGUUUCUCAGAGCAGCACACUUGGAAAGAAGCCCGAGGUCCACCUGAACAGCACCUUUGUACCACUCACCAGCAGAGAACUAAGCUCUGAUAUCUGGUAGAAACAUGCUUUGCUGGUAUUGGAUUAAAGACUACUGCUUUACAAAGAACUUACUGAUCUUUGACUGGGGACACAGGUUGUUGGACCUUGUACAGACAUGGACUUGGGGCCCUUUUCAUCCCACGCUAUGAACAAAAACUGCUCAAAUACUAUUUGAACGUGCGGAUUCAAAGUGUUUGGACUGCAAAGUGAUUGUAUAUUUCUAUUGAACCUCUCACCAUGUUCCAGUUUGAUACAAACUGGUGGGCAGAAAUUUAAAAGGACAUGUUUGCUUGCUAUACAAGUAGAUAUCUGGUUCAAAAACAAGCAUGGACAUGUUGAUUUGUUGAUGUUUAGACCGGGAAAAGUCCUUGGAAAGGUCAAGGAUAUGGAAACAGUAUACGUAUAUUUAAGUAUCCACCAGCCAUUGUGUGGUAUGAGGGCAACACUGAAAAGAAAAAAAAAUACGAAGACUACAAGAAAAACAAAGUUGAUCCUCUACAAGACUAUAUCAUAAUAUUCACAGAGGAAAUCUCCUAUUAAUAAAGAAUAAUGUUGUAAUUAUAAAAAAAAACCUGUCAGAAUUCCGUGGUCGGGGUGGAGGCUGCGGAAUCCAAGCACAUCAGGCGACAGGAGAAGAUUUACUCAAUACACGACCUUGAGUAUUUGAAAAGAAACGUAUUAUCGUGCAAUCGUGGAAUCCAAUUUAAUUGUAAAAACCCUGCAACGAGCAGAAUGGGACCCUUUUAAAUAUUUGUUAAACACUUUUAGUUGAUGAUUGAACAAAGACAGUAAAAGAGGGGAUUUUUUUUGUAGUUCUCUUGCAGGACCAGUCACAAACAUCUGCUCAAUCACAUUCAACUGUUCAUAUUGAUCAUAGCGCUGAUGUGGCAAAACAUUCAUUACAGUACUUCAUUGUCAAAGUGCAACUUGGCUCAGAAAGGACUUGAUUUUCUUUCAAAUUGGGACUUUUUUCUUAUAAUAUUACAACUUUAUUGGCAUAAAAUUAUACGGUACUCCCUCGCCACUUUGCGCUUCAAAUUUUGUGCAUUCACUCAGUGUUUUUCCAGAUACAUUUGAAAAAUAUAUUCAUUAAUAAAUCAUGCUGUUUCGUGGUUGAAUGUGGACGAUUUUGACUCAAAUAUGCAUGUUUAAGCAAAUUGUAUGUAUUUUUGCCUAAAUUCACCAUUUUCAAGCCUAAAAAUGGCUAAAUUAGGUCAAAUGUAAAUAUAAGGAAUUCUGAAUGCGCAAAGACAUUGUGAUGCGAUGUAGUAUUCUACGCUGGUCACUAGGUGUCAGUAAUGUUACUGUAACGUUGGGUGAGAAACACAAGCACCAGGCUUGAUCACAACAGGCUUUUAUUGCAGGUUUGAAUGAUUUCGCAACGGGCACAAUAAUCUCUAAUAAAAACGCUAUUGCAGUCAUAACCCACGGCAAGCUGAAAGUAAACUCUGAAACCCCGACGUCACUUCCUGCCCGCCCCUCACUCAGCACACAUGAGCACAGUCCUUAUUUAUGUCUUAAUAGGCUUAAUUUCUCUUAUUACAUCCACUAUAUUGGUUAAUACGAGUGUAAAGGUGACGAUAGGGGUGUUAUUUCAUGUCUAAAGGGCUCUAAUGUUAAAAACUUUAUUUAGAAGCUUGUAAACAUGUUUUUUUAAUGCUCUAACUACAAAAAUAUUCCAUUCAUAAAUAAGGAAUCCUACCUGGCAAAGAUUGACUUAUCUCGGUUGAGUCUGGAACCGAUUAACCACGAUAAACGAGGGAUUACUGUAUAUGUGAUUUGUUUUCUUUUGCCGCAGUAUUAUUACUUUAUUCUUACAGUUGUACAACUUUACCGUCAGACAUUCUGACCUCUCUUUUCAUAAUAUGACUUUUUUUUGUUAAAAUCUCAUGUUUGCCUUGCAAUAUUGCGUCUUUAAUCCCGUAAAAUGCUUUUUUUUUCCUCUUGUAGCAUUAUGACUUUAUUCUCUUAUGCUUUUAUACUUGAUUGAUGAUUUUUUUCUUUUAAUACUAAUUAGGGCUGUCUGAUAAUAUUGGCUCACCGAUAUUGGUAUAAAAAUGUAAUAUCGGUCAAUAUCUGGAUAUUUCCCCGAAAAUGAAGCCGAUAAUAAACAUAGUAUCACAUAUUUGCUGCCGCGCGUAUGAUGGCCUCAUCAAACCGCCUCUCAAGCCUGUAAACAAACAUGGGUGGCUAAUAAGUAGCAAUCUAGCUCGCUCGUUCCAUCCAUCUAUUUUCUAUUUUCUAUGCCGCCUAUCCUCACUAGUAGGAAUGUUACAAUUUCUUGGAAGUAAGCGAUGGUCAAAUCUGACGCUGUGUGUGCGCGCUCGAUUAGUGGGCACAUCCGUGAAAAUACUGCUUUUUGACGAUAUUGGGUGUGUUUUCAUUCAUACACAUCUUUGUUAUGUAGAUUACUUUUCGGCUUUAAUUUUGCAUCUGAUCUUUACUGCGUGUCGGACCACCUCGAGUCAUACGAGUGCUUUGAAAGUUAACUUUAAGCCUUUCAAACUCAUGGAUCGGAGCUUCAGGACAAGAUAAAAGUUAUGUAGGACAUAAAUGCACUUUAAUAUCAAUCUGCAGACGAAUUUUCAUUCAAAUCUGAUAUAUGUUAAUUUUGGCCCGAAAUUACUGUGUAAAUGCAAUUUGUAGUGUGACGUGGAAACGAACACAGCGUGCUGCUGCACAGUGGCGGAGCUACGUGGUGUUAGUCACUCUGCGGCCACCCCACUGGCCGUCUAGGCAUUUCAGGUAUCAACUUAUUGCCACCCCUAUGUGAGUCAUCAUCUCACCUUGGCCACCCCAAUGAUAAAUGUCUGACUCCGCCACUGCUGCUGCACUAAGAGUUCUCGGCCGACAUUAAAAUGAUCACACUUGAUUUUCUUCCCUGAAGUUUUUGAUGAUCAAAAAAAUGUAAAUGGAUUCUCUUGACUUUUUAAACAAAUGUCACAGCCUAAGCCAAAUGGCAAACAUUUCUCAGAUGUUUUACAAUGUUUACGGCCACGUUGAGAAGCUAAUUGUUACAGUAAUGCUGUAUCCAUUAGCUUCACAACAGAUAUGUGCUAAUUUCACGACAGGAGAUGUGUGAUGGUACACAUGUCGGUAUCAGCUGAUAUCGGUAUCAGAAAUUGAGAGUUGGACAAUAUUGACAUAUCGGGUAUCGGCAAAAAGCCAAUAUCGGACAUCUGUAAUAUUAAUUACAUAAAAAAGUAUGACUUCUUUCUUCUUAAAUCUUUUUCUUCCCAUUGUAGUAUUGCAACUUUAUUCUUCUAAUGUUGCAAAUUAAUUAUCAUAAAAUUGGGACCUUUAAAAUUUUCAGAAUUCUGCAGUCAUUUUUCUUGCAAAGUCACAAAUUCCUCAUAAUAUUUCAACUUUAAUUUUGUUGUUUAUUUUUUUUUUCUUACAGUGUAGCCCUAAUACUCCACUUUGUGGUGUUGAACCAUCGAACAAAAAAAAAUAAAAUAAAAACACAAUGCAGGUGGCUUUUCUACCAAGGACACCUGCCAUUUUUUAGCUCCAUAACAACUUGGAAUGUUGGUUAUUCUCAGCAAAUGUACAUUUAGCGUGGUCUCAAACAACAAUCUUGGGGCCUCAUCAACAGAUACACGUAUCCUGAAGGCUGGCGAUCCGAAACAGAACAAUUCCAGCGAGAAAAGGAAAGAGAAAAGCAUGGAUAUAGCUAGUCUGCUGAUCUGUGUGCAAGUAAAAUACAAACAGACUUUUUAUUUGCUUAACUGAGAGAUAAAAAUAGAUAAAAGAAAGGAUUUCAGGGCAGUCUGCAGGCACAAAGGGUUUUUCUACUUGCAUGAUCACCCAUUUAGAUACAAGAGUAGAUGGACACAAUCAUUCGCUGUGGAGGGAAGUCUUUUCAUUGAUAGGCUAACAGGUAAAAAAGGAGGCGUCUCUCCUAAAUGUUCCGAUUUUUGUAUUAUUUAUUUCAUUUUUCCAUGUUGACAGAGUUUAAUUCUUCGUUAACGUUGGUGAGAGUUUAACCUGGCUUAGUUUGAAAUGUCUGUUCGUUACAAUAAUCUCUGUACAGCUUCCAUGACGUACACAAACAGUAUAUAUACAGGAGUGAUAUUUUUUCUCCCUACAGUUUCUAUUUGGGGUGUUUUUACUGUCAUUCUGUUCCUUUUUCAAGUUGGACCACCAAAAGUAACAGCAACAAGAGCGCCACGUCACAUUCUUCUUGGUGAGCUUUAAGAACGAUGAGAAUUUGUGAUUAGCGGUUUUGAAUUUAUGCAAAAGUACUGUCAUUGUCUUUACAGUAAUAGAACCAAUGAAUUCUGGAUAUUUGAGAUUCUUCAAUACAAGAAUGAAUAUUUGAGUUGUGAUAUCCAAUGGCAAUAUCAAGUCAAGUGGUUGUCUUUAUGCUCAUUUCUUUGAAUAUACUUUGGAUAUAUUGGUUGGAAUAAUUUAAAGGACAAUAAAAGUCAUAUAAGUUGUUUUAUAUGCUUUGGA